CUGAGCCUUGGCAGCCCCAUGCGCUGCAGCUGCCAUGGAGCUGCUCCAAGUGCUGCUGGCUGCCGUUCUGCUCCCGCUCCUGCCCCUUGGCAGGGCAGCUGUGCCACUGCCUACGCUGACACGGCCAUUGAGCAUGGUGCUGGCUGGGCAGCGCCGACAGCUGGUCGUGUGCGUGGUGAGUGACCUGGCCCCCAGCUCUGGCCAUGCUGUCUGGAUCUCCGGUGGGAACGGCAGCAUCCUGCAGUCCUUUGCCUAUGGAGCCUCCCAGGAGGAUGGUGGCACCGUCUGCUCCGUCUCCCUCCUUUCCAGUGACCCCCCCCGCGAGAGGGAACUUGCCUGCCAUGUGGGGGCCAACAGGACCUCUCCAUCCCACAGCUCCAGCCCCAUCCGCAUCACGGGCAAUGAGGAGGCGGCAGAGCUGUGUAGCACAGCUGUGUCACCGGCCCCUGCCUUGGCAGCCCUGCUUAUGGCUGUCCGUGUGGUGUUGCUGAAGGUCUUGCUCUCUGAUGCUGUCCUCACCUCCAUCCUCCUCGCCCAGAGCUGAGGGUACGGGCAGUUGCCCAAAGGGUAAGUCCCCCUGGUUUGGUGUAGGGGUGUGGAAGUCACUAGAAAUAAUCUGGAGAGUGGAGAGAGGACCCUCAAAUGGAGGAGGGAGGAGACCCAGUGUUGUCUGGGGGAGGUGCAGGAUGGGAAUCUUGGCUUGAGCGGACAAGAAAGAAGGGCUGACACAUUUCUGUGGGUGGCAGGGCCCCGGAAUUACCUGAAGGACGGGAAGGGACCCCAAAUUAAUCAGAGGUAGGGAAGGGGCCCCAAGGUACCUCGGGGGGGGAAAGUUUCCGGAAUUCCAGAGGCAGGGAGGGGCCCCGGAGGGUUCUGUGGGUACCCCGA